AUGGACCAGGACAAUCAAACCUCAACUGAUUUUAUCCUUCUGGGAUUCUUUCCUGAGUUCAGGUACCCUGACCUCCUCAUCUUCCUACUCCUCGUCUUCUACAUCCUUGCCUUUGCAGGAAACUCUGUCCUCAUCCUGCUCAUUGGCCUGGAUGCCCGCCUCCACACCCCCAUGUACUUCCUGCUCAGCCAGAUGUCUGUCAUUGAUUUGAUUUUCAUCUCCAGCACAGUCCCCAAGACAGUCGCCAACUACUGCACAGGGAUUAAGAGCAUUUCCUUCUUUGCGUGCGCUGCUCAGAUGUUUUUCUUCCUCUCCCUUGGCCUUACUGAGUGCAUGCUCCUGACCUUCAUGGCCUACGACCGUUACGUGGCUGUCUGCAGCCCCCUGAGAUAUGCAGUUCUCAUGCGGCCCAGGGUCUGUCUACAGGUGACUGCCUUAGCCUGGGUUGGAGGUGCCCUUGGAGCCCUUGUCAACACUUGGUACCCAAUGAGUUUUCCUAUUUGUGGCCCCAGGGUGAUUAAUCACUACCUGUGUGAGAUCCUGGCUAUACUGAGAAUGUCUUGUAUAGACACAUCAGUCUAUGAGAUGGUGAAAUUUGUGUCAACCAUCACAUUUCUCCUGAUCCCCUUUAGCCUCAUUCUUGCCUCCUACAUCCUCAUCUUCCUCACUGUUCUCAGGAUGAACUCUCCCAAGGGGAGGCACAAAGCUCUGACUACCUGCUGCUCCCACCUGACAGUGGUGAGUCUCUUCUUUGGUCAGGCCAUGUUCGUCCACCUGACACCAGAUUCUUCCCACACACCUAAGCAAGACCAGAUAGGAGCUGUGCUUGGCACCAUUGUGACACCCAUGCUGAACCCCCUCAUCUACAGUCUGAGGAACAAGGAAGUGUUGGAAGCCCUAAAGAAGUGCAUGGGAAGGUGUUGUGACUGA